CCCUCCGUCUGAAGUCUUUCCUUGCACUUUCUCUCCCACUCUUUCCCCCAAACAGUUGCGAGGAUGGCGAUGGCUGACUUGUUCACCGACGAGGAGAUCAAGAAGAUGUUGAGAGCCUUUGCGGCUACCAAUACUUUUGACUACAAGAAAUUCUUUGAGAUGUUGGGAUUGAAAAAUAAAAGCCUCCAAGAACUGAAAAUGUUUUUUAGCAUUCUGGAUACAGAUAAAAAUGGCUAUCUUGAAACCGGUGAAAUACAGGUGAUGUUGCAGAUUUUUUCCCCCAAUAGCAGGCAUCUCACUGAUAAAGAAACCCAGGAAUUCAUGAAUGCUGGAGAUAAAGACGAGGAUGGCAAAAUAGGUAUUGAUGAAUUUAUUAUCCUGGUGAAUCAAUCAUAAAGGUUUGGAAUCAUCUGAAUCCUUAUCUAUCAUUUACCACCUGAUUCCACUUGUUUGUAUGGGCCUCUUUUGUGCUCCACCCGUUCAUCUAUACUUCAACUGUCCGCUGCAGUCCUGUAACA